AUGCUCCAGGACGAAUGUGAUGCUACAACAAGCACGUGCGCAUUACCGAUGUCCGGCUAUAGUCCGACAAGGAACAAGCAUGGUGCCUCGACAAAGUCUAACAGUUGUGGUGUCAAAAUCCCAAACGAAUUCCUGACGGCAAAUUCAGCUGGCUGCCGUGUCGAUAGUAAUCCAUCUCAUCGGCCGAUCUAUGAUGUUUUCUUGGGUGGAAGUUGUGGCGACACCGUAUGGCGGCGAGAUUUGGUAAUACCAUAUUUGGAGAAACACGCCAUCACUUAUUAUGAUCCGCAGCGAAGUGUCUGGAAUGAGCAUAUGAUCAACGAGGAAAGCGUCGCGAAGGAGGUUGCUCUGAAUUCUUGA